AGGAAUAUCCCUUCAUAGCAUCAUGUUGCUCGCACGUUCGGCAUUACUAUCGACGGUCUUAUUAUAUGUGAUAGCCUCCCAACGCACCCUGUUGAGGGUAUCCCAUCGCGGAAACUCACUCAAUGUUCGUCUUCUACCGGAUAUGGUUGCGCAGGCAUUGACCGCAUCUGCUGGAGGGAAACGUUUCCUCAGCCAAGACGACCUCGAGUGUGAACGAUGCUUCACGCAGGAUGGUAUGGUCUAUGACUUGAAGGCAAUAGGGGUCCAGAUUGUAGAGUCGACAUGCUCAGUUGAUCACAAUAGUAUUCUGAACUACAGUAGUUCAACUACUUGAAAAAAGCCGCAGGGUUGCUGGGCAUCGAAUUUGAUUGCGAGCCCGAUGUGAAGAUCAUCCUGGAUCCUAUCCCCAGUAUGGUUCAAGCCUCAGCUACUUGUACUGGUGGCAAUCCUGUUCUCGGCACCAACGACCCCGGCUCUUCUUGUCAGCGUUAUCUCGAAGUCAUUCACCUGGGAGCUGCCUGGCGAGCGGCUCGUUCUGCCAAGUUGAAGUUGAAAGAUGUUGUGCUGGCCGUCAUUGACACGGGGGUUGAUACGACUCAUCCUGAUCUGGUCAAUCAAUUCUGGAGAAAUCCAGCUGACGGGUCUAUUGGAUUCAACUUCGUUAAGAACAAUACCAAUGUGACUGAUGACCUUCGUCAUGGUACCCACUGCGCUGGCAUUGCGGCCGCCCAGACUAAUAACUGCAUUGGCAUUGCAGA